AAAAUCUUUUAUCUCUAAAAAUUUUAAACCUACCCUAACGAAGGUACCAAACUUAAAAUGGCUGCUGGAUUCUUUUUCUCGCGUGCUUAUGGCCGAUGUUCAAGUAGAAGUUCUUCGUUUAUUAAACAAUCUCGGCUGUUAAAUGCAUGUAAAUCUAGUGGAAAUAAAACACUUUCUAGAAAACAACAUACUUCUACCAGACGGCCUCAGUGUUCAUCUCUAUUUCUUGGUACACGUUCAACAGUUCUUUUGCAACAAAAUCAAUAUCUUCCUUUCUUUUCAUCAACCAGCAUUUUAAGUAAUAUUCAAGCGUGUGGUUUACAUGCAACAGCAUGUACAGGUGAAGCUGGUAUUGAAGAAGGAGGGUCUAGUUCAGGAAUAGCAGAUGCAGAACCUGGGAAUAGUGAAAGUUCAAUAGAACCACAAGCAGUAAACGAGAUUCUUAAUGAUGUAGGAAGCAUGAACACAUUUGUUACUGGAGUUGAUGUGCCUAUAACAACACUUGAAGGGUUAGGAGGUUACACACCAGUAGGUUUUGUUCAUAAUAUUUUUGAUUUUAUUCAUCUGUCAGUGGGUUUGCCUUGGUGGGGAACAAUAAUAGCAACAACAGUUGCCUUCAGAGCUUUGGUGUUUCCUUUAAUGAUCAAAGGACAAGCUAACACAGCAAGAUUAGCAGCUGUUAAACCAGAGUUAGAAAAACUACAGGAAAAACUAAGAGAAGCUGCAAAUUAUCAUAAUCCGAAUAUAAGGGCACAAGCCUCAAUAGAAUUGCAAGACUUUUUCAAAAAGCAUAAUUGUAAUCCAUUAAAAAGCAUCAUAUCCCCAUUGGUUCAACUUCCAUUGUUUAUAUCUUUUUUUAUUGCAAUUCGAAAAAUGUGUAAUUUACCUGUAGAAUCAUUACAAACUGGUGGAAUACUAUGGUUUUCUGAUCUCAGUGCUGCAGAUCCAUACAUGAUAUUCCCUAUUGCUUGUGCUUUUACCAUGCUGCUGACAAUUGAGUUUGGAGCUGAAGCAAGUGUUAGCAACUCUCAAAUGGUUGUUAUGAAAAAUGUAUUUCGAGGAAUGUCUGUAUUGAUGGUACCACUCACUUAUAAUUUUCCUGUGGCAAUUUUUCUUUAUUGGAUGACGUCAAAUGUUUUAUCAUUGGUGCAAGUUAUGGUUUUAAAAGUGCCAGGUGUUAUGACAUUUUUCAAUAUUCCUAAAGUAGUACCUGUAAAGAUGGACCCUAACAUACAAACUGGAACUUUUAUGGAAAAUUUAAAAGCAGGUUUUAAAAAUGCUAAAGAAGCUGCUACUAUCAAAGAAGCAGAAAAACGUCGAGCAAGAGAAGCACAAGCAGCUUUGAAUAGAACCAGAGAAGUUUACGAAUUUAACCCAUUGUUAAAAAAUAAUUCAAAGUUGUUUGAGGAAGCUAAAAACCAUCGUCGUACAAAAUAAACUGUGAAAUAUUGUAUUAUAUAAAUAUGUGAAAUACUCUUUAAGCUGUACCAAAUCUCAUUGCUGAAAACACUUUUAAUGAUA